AUGAAAGAUUUACGAUCGACGUACAUCGUCAAUUGUGUUUUCAACAAUUUAUUAACCUAUACCGCCAUCAUGUUGAACAGUUUGACAAUCUACGCGGUGCGAAAAACGACGUCACUACCCAAGACGUUGAGAACAUUGCUGCUGAGUCUUGCUGUUUCCGACAUUGGUGUUGGUUUCAUUGUUCAACCAUUUUACACGUCAUUCCUUGUCAAGUGGUUACAACUGAACGAUCCAAAAUGCAGCACAUACAAGGCCUUCGUGGGAAUUGGUCUUACAUUUUCGCAAGCUUCGUUCCUGAAUAUUGUCGCUGUGAGUGUAGAAAGGUUCUUAGCUGUUCACUUGCAUCUCAGAUAUCAGGAACUUGUAACACAUAAGCGUGUUGUUGUUGUAGUGAUCGCAACAUGGGUGUUAAGUGUAUCUAAUUCUUUAUUAGCCUUUUGGAAUCUACAAGAAGUUUACUGGUUAAUCUUUUGGAUUAUGGGGGUUACGUGCCUUAUUCUUACAACUAUUGUUUACACCAGGAUUUAUUUCAUUGCACAGCGGCACAAGAAUCAGAUACAAUCCUUACAAAUGCAUCAAGUGGAACAAACUGUUGAAAUGGCUCGUUGUAAAAAACUAGUUCAUUCGGCUGUCAGUUUCUUCUAUGUAUACAUCUUGUUACUAGCUUGUUAUUUGCCCUUCUUAAUCUGCGUAAGGAUUGAACAUCCAAGUGUCGCCAUAAAGAGAUUUUGGGUAGUAUCGUUGACGUUACUGUUUCUCAACUCAUCCCUGAACCCUUUAAUUUACUGCUGGAGGAUGAGAAACAUGAGGCACUCGAUCUUAAACGCACUGCGGAACAUGUCUCGGAACCAAAAUCGCAUUUCACAUUCAUAA